AAUCUCAAGAACAAGUACAAGAGUGUUUGUGAAGGAAUACUUAAGCAAGGAAGCUCUACUCUUCUAGAAAAGAUCUACACAGAGGUCUACAUCACAGAGGGAGGAAGUGGAAAAGUAAAUGAAGAGCAUGAAGUCAGACAGAUUGAGUCAAGAUCCAAGAGACCAGCUGGACAGGAGACAUCAAUCAAAUGCAGUGACAUCUUUAAACCCUUACCUGGCCAAGUCAAACCAAUCAGAAGUAUUGUCACAAAAGGAGUUGCUGGCAUUGGUAAAACUGUCUCAGUUCAGAAGUUCAUCCUGGACUGGGCAGAGGGAAAAGAAAACCAGGAUAUUCACUUCAUAUUUCCACUGCUUUUUCGAGAGCUCAACCUCAUGAGAGAAAAACAGCUCUCUUUGAUGGAUCUCCUCCACCACUUCUUCACAGAAAUAAACCAGUUAACCUUUCUCAGCCAAGGGAAGUACAAAGCGUUGUUCAUCUGCGAUGGCCUGGAUGAAUGUCGACUCCAACUAGACUUUCAGAAAAAUGAAAGUUUCACUGAUGUGACAGAGGUCGCCUCAUUGGAUGUACUCCUGACAAAUAUCAUCAAGGGUAAUCUGCUCCCCUCUGCUUUACUUUGGAUUACCUCUCGACCAGCCGCAGCCAAUCAAAUCCCGCCUGAUUGUGUUGACCGGGUCACAGAGGUACAAGGGUUCAAUGACCCACAGAAGGAGGAGUACUUCAGGAAGAGGAUCAGUGAUCAGAAUCUUGCCAGCAAAGUCAUCUCUCACAUCAAAUUAUCAAGGAGCCUCCACAUUAUGUGCCACAUACCAGUGUUCUGCUGGAUUGCUGCUACUGUUCUUACGGUGAUUCUUGGCUCUUCAGGAGGUGGACAGAUUCCAAAGACUUUGACAGAGAUGUAUACCUAUUUCCUUAUCUUUCAAACCAAACAGAGGAGCAGCAAGUUUGAAAAUGUGCAGGACCUUGAUCCACAGUGGAACCAGAAAGUUAUCCUUGAUCUUGGAAAGUUGGCUUAUGAACAGUUAGAGAAGGGUAAUCUGAUUUUUUAUGAAGAAGACCUGAUAGAGUGUGGCAUUGAAGUCAGAGAGGCAGCAGUAUGCUCUGGCAUCUGCACCCAGAUCUUUCGAGAAGAAUCGGGGCUUUAUCAAGAUAAGGUGUUCUGCUUCAUGCAUUUAAGUGUCCAGGAGUAUCUUGCAGCUUUGUAUGUGUUUCUAAUGAUGGCAAUUGAAAGGAAUGACAUAAUAUCCAGACACCAAGCUCCUGGAAUAUUCACUCAGCUUUGGAAAUGGAUAUGGAGUUGGUCUCCUUCAGUGGAGGAAUCCAUGAUCAUCUUACACAAGAAUUCCGUGGACAAAGCUUUGGAGCAUGAAGAUGGACGCUUUGACCUAUUCCUCCGUUUCCUUCUUGGCCUCUCUCUGGAGUCUAACCAGACUCUCCUGCAUGGCCUACUACAGAGAGGACAAAAUCAGAUGGGCAAUGAAGAAACAAUCAGUUACAUUAAGGAAACGAUCAGGGUGCUUCCUUCAUCAGAAAGGGUGAUCAACCUCUUCCACUGUCUGCAUGAACUCAAUGAUCACUCCUUAGUGGAAGAGGUCCAGAACUUCCUGAGUACUGGGACACUUUCUGGAGCUGAACUCUCACCUGCCCAGUGGUCAGCUCUAGUGUUUGUGCUGCUGACAUCAGAACAGAACCUGGAUGUGUUUGACUUGAAGAAGUACAUCAGAUCAGAUGAAGGUCUCCUAAGGCUGCAGCCAGUAGUGGAGGAAUCUAAGAAGGCUCAGCUCAAUAGCUGUGGGCUCACUGAAAGGAGCUGUGCAGCACUGGCAUGUAUCCUCAGCAAACCAUCUUCAAAACUGAAAAAUGUGGAUCUCAGUGACAACAGUAUUGGAGAUAUUGGGGUCCAAAAACUCUGUAGUGGACUGGAGAAGCCAAACUGUGAACUGGAGACACUCAGGUAA